AUGUCAAAGCGUGGUGCUAAACCGACGAAGGAUGCUAGUAUUACUGAAGAUAAAACUGAUUAUUCAAGAUGGCGACUUUUGGAUGACCAUGGCAGACAAACCUGGCAUUAUCUGAAAACACAGAAAGACUUGAAGGAAUGGCCGCAAACAACUGCGGACAAAUACCAUCUUGGUCUUCCAACGGGGCUACCCGAACUUCCUCACGCGAAAACUCCAUUGGAAGCAGCUGAUAAUGGAUUGUCCUUCUUGUCGCAUCUCCAGCUUCCGCCUGGAAAUUGGGCUUGCGAGUAUGGAGGGCCAAUGUUUCUACUUCCUGGGCUGGUUAUUACAUGGUAUGUAACGAAAACACCGGUUCCCCGAGAAAUUGCAAUCGAAAUACAACGAUAUCUAUUCGCGCGUCAACACGCUGGGGACGGGGGCUGGGGCCUUCACAUUGAAGGUGAUAGUUCGGUAUUUGGCACUGCAAUGAAUUACACAACCCUGCGACUCUUGGGUGUCGAUGCAGAAGAUUCCCGGAUGGUUAAAGCUCGCAUGCUACUCCAUAACCUCGGCGGUGCUGUAUACGGCCCUCACUGGGCGAAGUUCUGGCUGAGUGUUUUGGGGGUUAUGGAUUGGAAAUGCGUGAAUCCAGUACCUGCAGAACUAUGGUUAUUGCCCGAUUGGGUUCCCUUUGCACCCUGGCGCUGGUGGGUCCAUAUGCGACAAGUCUUUCUUCCAAUGACCUAUAUAUACUCCAAGCAAUUCGCUCAUCCGCCUGACGAGCUUACAACUCAACUUCGCAAAGAACUAUACACGCAGCCGUACGAGUUAGUUGACUUUUCUCUACACAGAAAUUCGAUUGCAAAGCAGGAUAACUAUUACCCAAAAUCAUGGCUACUGAAAGUCAUGUUUUGGUUUAUGGCAAAUGUGUGGAUAGCAUAUCUUCGAUGGCCAUUUCUCGUCAAAAGAGCAGAGGACCGGGUGUGGUAUUUGAUUGAAAAAGAAGAUAAAAAUACGGAUUAUGCUUGCCUAGGACCCGUUAAUGCCCCUAUGAACACGCUGUGCUGUUAUAUCCAUGAUGGCCCCAACAGCCACUCCGUUAGUCGUCAUCUAGAUCACCUCCACGAUUUCCUGUGGAUGAAGAGCGAAGGCAUGCUCAUGAACGGAACGAAUGGCGUCCAAUUAUGGGAUACAGCUUUUGUCAUACAGGCAGUAGUAGUUGCCGGAUUUGCCAAAGAUCCAAAGUGGCGUCCCAUGCUUCUAAAAGCUCUUGAGUUUUUAGAAGACCAGCAGAUUCUUGAGGACCAUCCAGAUUAUAAAAGUUGCUAUCGUUUUAGGUCAAAAGGGGCAUGGCCUUUUAGCACAAAGGCCCAAGGCUACACGGUUAGCGAUUGCACUGCGGAAGGCCUUCGAUCAGCUCUUCAGUUACAAAAUCAAUAUGGCUACCCAACCUUGAUAUCUGAAAGGCGUUUGAAAGACGCAGUUGAUACAUUAUUAGAGAUGCAGAAUCCCUCUGGUGGGUUUCCGGACUACGAACCAAAAAGGGCAUCUGCGUAUAUCGAAUGCCUUAAUGCCGCUGAAGUAUUUGGGGGGAUUAUGAUUGGAUAUGAUUACCCUGAAUGCACAACCGCGUCAGUCACUGCAUUGUCAUACUUUAGUCGAUUCUAUCCGGAUUAUCGAACGGCAGACAUCAAAAGAGUGCGGGACAAAGCCGUCGAUUACAUCCGCCGAGUCCAACGGCCGGAUGGAAGCUGGUACGGUAGCUGGGGUGUUUGUUUUACAUAUGCUGCUAUGUUUGCCUUGGAAAGUCUCGCAAUGGUUGGCGAGACAUACGAGACGAGCGAAAGAGUGCGCCGCGGCUGCAAGUAUCUUCUUGACAAACAGAUGGCGGAUGGCGGCUGGGGCGAGUCGUAUCUAAGUUCGGAGUUAAAAACAUACACUCAUAGCCCAACGUCUCAGGUUGUCCAGACCUCUUGGGCAUGCCUUGCUUUAAUGGAAGCCGGGUACCCAGAAAAGGCCCCGCUUCAGAAGGCGAUGAAAGUGAUCAUGUUGAAACAACAAUCAAAUGGAGAAUGGUUACAGGAAGGUAUUGAAGGCGUGUUUAAUCAAUCGUGUAUGAUCUCAUACCCAAACUACAAGCUAUAUUGGCCUGUUAGAGCCCUUGGGCUCUAUGCAAAUAAAUUCGGAAAUGAUGAAAUUCUGUGA